GCAUAAGUAUUCAGCCCCUUAAGUCAGUACUUGGUGGAAGCACCUUUUGCAGCAGUUACUAUUGGAUAGGUCUCUACUAGCUUUGCACUGUAGGAUGGUGACAUUUUUGCCCAUUCUUAACAGGAAAAUUGCACCAGUUCUGAUAAGUUUGUUGGGGAUCAUCGAUGGACUGCAAUCUUCAAGUCUCGCCCUAAAUUUUCGAUUGGAUUCAAGACAGGACUUUGACUGGGCCACUCAAGAACAUUCAUUCUCUUCUUGUUCAAGCACUCCAGUAUGGCUUUGGCUUUGUGCUUCGGGUCAUUGUCCUGCUGAAAUGUGAAUUUCCUCUCCAGUUUCAGAGUCUUGGCUGACUCAAACAGGUUUUCCUCAAGGAUUCGCCUGUAUUUUGCACCAUCCAUUCUCCCCUCUAUCCUGACAAGCUUCCCAGUCCCUGCUGAAGAGAAGCAUCCUCAUAACAUGAUGCUGUCACUACCAUGCUUGACAGUUGGGAUGGUGUUGACUGGGUGAUGUGCAGUGUUGGGCUUGCGCCAGACGUAACGCUUGGAAUUUAGACCGAAAAGUUCAAUUUUUGUCUCGUCUGACCACAAAACCUUUUUCCACAUGUCUGCAGUAUCACCUGCAUGCUUUUUCGCAAACUCCAUACGUGCUUUAAGAUGAGGCUUUUUGAGUAAUGGCUUCUUUCUUACCACCCGUCCAUACAGGUCCGCUUUGUGUAGGGACCGACUUGUUGUUGAUGCGUCAACACUGACUCCCAUCUCAGACACAGAACUUUGCAGAUCUCUCAGGGUCAUUGUUGGCUUCAGAGUGACAUCCCAAACCAGUUCCUGCUUGCCUGCAUCUUGAUGCAUCUUCCACUUCUUAAUGAUGGACUUCACUGUGCUGAGAGGGAAUUUCUUGUACCCUUCUCCUGCUCUGUGCCUCUCUACCACUUUAUCCCUGACUUCGAAAGCUCCUUGGUCUUCAUGGUUGCUUUGCUGGAUCACUAUGACACUGCGCCACGUCAGGGAACGCUCUCAAGACAAACUCAUUUCUGAUGAAGAAGUUUCUGCAUCCUUAUUGAAACUCUUCAGGGCUCUAUUUAAAAGUGAUUUGUUCAGGCAGAAGGAGGUUCUAAGUUUUCUUCCAGCCUCUGUGCAAUCUGCAUACCAAGACACAUUAACUCCCUGUCAGUUCAUAAACAGAGCUGAUCAUUAUAAUGAUAAGGGAGCCUCCUUUUUUUCAAAUGAGGUUAUGUUGGAUACGCUGGGGUUUAGUAUUCACAGAGCACCUAGUUCACUCUUGUCUGCAGGAAGAGGAGUCUUUGUUGCCAAGGGGACUGUGCCAAAAGGAACCGUUAUGUCCAUGUACCCGGGUACAGUCUAUCAAACACAUGAGCCCAUCUUCUUCCAGUCCAUCCGGAACCCUUUUGUUUUUCGGUGCAUAGAUGGCGUCCUCAUUGACGGUAAUGACAACGGAAUUUCAAAGGUUGUGUUUAGGUCAUGCAGUGGAAGGGACAGACUGGGUCCUUUUAAACUGAGUGACAUCACUUGGCUCACCACCGCUCCAGAGAACCCAUUGGCUGUGGGUCAAUAUGUAAACAACUGCUCAUAUGAAAGAUCUGCUAAUGUUUGCUAUCAGGAAUUUGACGUGCCUGCAGAAUUUCCAGUAGAACUUCGCCAGUACCUCCCCAAUGUGAAUUACAGGCAUGACAUACAAAGGCCUCUGAGAUGUGUAAUCCUUGUUGCACUAAGGGACAUCCAGCAAGGGGAGGAGCUGUUUUCAAACUACUACACAAUUGUACAUUAAACUGCCCUCAGAAACACUGGGAGAGAUAAACUGCCAACAUCUGUGGUAACCUUUUUGUACUGUAAUACAUUUUAUAGUACAACAGUGUUCCUAAUAAAAGCAAAAGGAAGACACACAAAAUACCAAAGCAGGGGUGCCGAUACUUUUGUCAUGAACAAAUAAUUUAAAUGAAAUAAGUUUUCGUUGUUUUUUAAAUUACUAGAAAUUGUGUAUUUUUUUUCAUUAAAAAGUGGUUAAAAGCUUACUAAAUGCUUGUCCUUAAAUCCGUUACCUUAUGGUAUAACAUGCAUAGGGUGCCAAUACUUUCGUCUGCAACUGUAAAUACUGGAAUUACAUAGGCUGGGUUUACAUGCAGGUGAAAAUCGACUCUACAAUCAUGGCUGUGUGACGUUGUCAUGUGAAUACAUCAUGAAACAGCAAAAGCACGUCCUUUGGUCAGCGCGACUUUAAGGGCAGGGUCAAUCGCUUUCUCACGAUAAAAAUAGCUGUAAAACUCAUCUAAACCGGAGUAGGAAUCGUGCUUGUGGCUCACGAGAUUUCAGCAGUCAAGAUCCUGUUUAACUGGUGGAAUCUCAUGUUAUUCCCCAGCAAAACUAUACCAAACCACACACACACACACACAAGAAAGAACGCAAGAGACGCUGCAAAUGUAAACCUCUCGUACAGCCUAUUAUAAAUGUUUGUAAAAAUGCAUGUUGUUAAACACAACUAACCAAACCUUUAGCCUCAUAUUAUUAUUAUUAUUAGUAGUAAUAGUCAUAUUUUCUUGCUAUAGUUCUUUUAAGAUGUCACAGGAACAACAGAGCACUCUUCCACCGCACAGAACUGGAAUGAAUUGUUAGCAUCAAUUGGCAUAUUGUGCAAUAAGUAAUGGAUAUAGUUAACAAACAACAUAAAUGUACCUUAUCUCUUUAAAUAAAGACUUUUGUUUGAAUGUUUAUAAUAUUACAAGACAUCCACGUUUCAUUAUAAUGUGUGUGUGUUAAGC